AUAUACGGGAAACUAACUAAAUUAUGAAGGUUACCUUAUUAUCCAUCUUCUGCUUUUUCGUAGCAUUAGUACAAGCACACAACGUGUUGUUGCCACCACACGGGAAGCAAUGUUUUUUCGAAAACUUGAAGAAAAAUGAUGAGUUGGCUGUUAGUUUCCAAGUUGGAUCUCGUGAUCCAAACAAUGCUGAACAACACAAGGUUGACUUUUACAUCAUGACUCCAAAUGGUCAAGUUGUUUUGAAGAAGACUGACCUCGACCAUGGUGACGAGUCUGCUCUGGCUUCCACUACCGGUAAAUACCAAUAUUGUUUCUCUAACGAAAAGACCGGUCGUGUUGACAUUGAUGUCUCUUUCAACGUCCAUGGUGUCAUUUAUGUUGACAUGAACGAUCCAAAGUCUGACACUUUGGACUACGCCAUCCAAAGAUUGUCUCAACUCACCACUGACGUCAAGGCUGAACAAGGUUACUUGGUCAUCCGUGAACGUACUCACAGAAACACCGCCGAAUCCACCAACUCUCGUGUUAAGUGGUGGUCUGUCUUCCAAAUUUUGGUUGUAGCAACUAACUCUCUUUUCCAAAUUUAUUACUUGAGACGUUUCUUUGAAGUUAAGUCUGUUGUUUAAGCAAGCAAAUCCAAGUGAAUGUCAUACGAUUAAAUAUAGUAAUACUAGUUUUCUUAAUUAGUAACCAAAU